GACUGUCGCAAAAGUUGCACAUUACAUUUAGCUGAUGUUGGUUUCUACUGUAUCAACUGCUUCUGACAUGAACUGGUGACAACACAAACAUCUGAGUAAUGUAAUCUAGCUGUUCGUUAACGUGUUGUCGAUGUGCUUCGCUUUAGAAUGGCCUCAAUCAUUUAAAAUCAGUUCCUGCAUAUAGUUUAUGAGAUUAUCUCUUGUUUACUCAACAAUAAGACACACUCCAGCACAGGUAAGCUAGUUAGCUAGCGAAGGUAGGCAUAAUUUAUGUCACUAGGCGAGCGCCUUCGGGCUUCAAUGAAAACUGAAGAUCCAGGAGAAGAGUUGUGAGGAGACAUCAACAGGUUGUGCGAGGAUGGACUUUGUCAAAACGGUCCUGGUGACUGGAGGGGCAGGUUUCAUUGGGUCCCAUUUUGUCUGCUCCCUAGUCAACAGGCACCCAGAUUGGCGUAUCAUCAACUUUGACAAUCUGGACUACUGUUCCAAUCUCAGGAACCUGGAGUCUGUAGAGGAGAAUGAGAACUACACCUUUAUCAGGGGGGAUAUAUGCAAUCCAUGCUUGGUAAACCACAUCUUUGCAACAGAAAGCAUCGACAUUGUCUUUCACUUUGCGGCUCAAACACAUGUUGAGACGUCCUUCUUAUGGCCGUCCAGAUACCACAUGGUGAACGUGGAGGGGACAAGGGUGCUACUGAAAGCAGCUUUUGAGGCCAAGGUGGAGAAGUUUAUUUACAUUAGUACAGAUGAGGUGUAUGGAGAGAGUCUGUAUAAGGAAUUAGAUGAAACCAGCCCAAGAAGACCCAACAACCCAUACUCAGUGUCUAAAGCAGCUGCUGAGUGUCUUGUAUUGUCCUACAGGGAGAGACACAAGUUUCCUGUUAUAAUAACAAGGAGCAAUAAUGUAUAUGGACCCAGACAGUACUUGGAGAAGGUCAUUCCAAAAUUUGUGUCCUUCCUUCAGCUGAACAAAAAAUGUACCAUCCAAGGGACCAGCCCCCAAUCUCGCCACUUCCUGUAUGUGGAUGAUGCCAUUGAAGCAUUCCACACCAUCCUGGAGAGGGGGACGGUGGGAGAAACCUACAACAUCGGGACAGACUUCGAGAUAUCCAUCAUUCAACUAGCCAGAGAACUUAUCAAGAUGGUCAGGCAUGUACCUGAUGCAGAACUGGACGACUGGCUGGAGUUUGUGCCUGACCGGCCAGUGGUUGACCUGAGGUACCCUGUGAACUGUGAGAAGCUGUGGAGGCUGGGCUGGAAGCCUGCAGUGUCAUGGGCAGAGGGCAUCAGAAGGACAGUCAAAUGGUACCAAGAGAAUCCAGACUUCUGGCCAGAAGACCAACCAAUUACCUUUGAGCCCGAUACCAGAGACCAAUAAGCACAUAGAUCCUCUUCCUGUAUUCGUGGUCACCAACCCUGUUCCUGGAGAGCUACAGGGGGUGCUGGCUUUUGUUCUAGCCCUGUAUUAACACAUCUGGUUCAAUUGAUUAAUCUUACUAAGGGUUGUUGACCUCCACUAGUCAAACCAGCAUCUCAAUCACUGUGGGUGUGCAAGGGAACACUUAUUUUUGUAAAUGUUUUACUAAUGAAGGUGGAAUGGAAUAUAUUUAUCAUAGUCAAUAAAUAACUUCAUAGCGCAGGCUUGAAUGUUAAACUCUGGACACAUGAUAUACAAAAGCUGGUUAAGUAUUUGCAAGUCAAAACUUUUAAUUUUGGUAAAAUCAUACAAUAAAUGCACAGGUGUUUUCUCGUGCAGUGCACAGCCUCUAAACUAGUACAUAAAGCAAAUACAAACUAGUGGGCGACUCAGUGGCGUUCAGGGGAGUGUCUGGCCAGCCGAAAGCUCUCCUCUGCAGCUUCACAUUUCCAUUCAUACGUUCCAUCCAAACCUUUACUUUUCAGACUCAGUCAGCCAAUGUUACUGUAAGACUCACCACACACUCCACAGAACACACACACAGAGGCCCAAAUAUGCAAAUACAACAACAGAGCAGAGCCACAUGUUUUCUUUCUUUAAGAUUGCCAUGUGCCAGACAUUUGCUGGGGGAGGGACGAAAACCCUCAAAAACAAGGAAAAGCUAAUUGAAUUGGAGAGAAUCUGGACACUUCUUGCACUGGUACAAUAUUUUUUAGAAAAUGUUAUCACUUUUAUCCAAACCUUGGCAUUGGUUGUUUGUUUCAAAUUUUGUUCGCCAAUUAAACGUUAACGUUGAUUAGACGGUGUGGCCAGUACUACUAGAAGUAACAGGUGUGGAUUUUGAUUUGAGUCCAAUAUGACUGACAUUAAAAAGCUCACACUACCCCGAAAAAUAUAAAUUUCCACGCAUACCGGUGACAUUCAACAUUCAAGUGCCAGUGUUUUUGUACUGUCUUUUGGUCAAGUUCCUUAAACUAUCACUUUAGGCUUAUAAAAAUAAAUAUUUCUCAAAAAUGCUUAAUAAAUUACACAAACUAGCAGCAAAAGUAGAAUCUAGUAAUCUGUGUGCAAAUAGCUCAAUUCUCAGACUGCUACUGAACUAACACCUGGUCCCAAAUAAAUCCUGGUUUAAAUAGUGAUAACCCUUCCCCUUUCGUAAACAAGCUGCGUUUUUCACAAUCUCCUCACACACAAAAUUCGGAAGCUUUAAGGACACACACUCAAGACAUUUAUAUAAAACUCUAGAUGUGCAAUAAAAUGUUUGUUUUUUUGAAAACUUGAUGGCUGUUAAGUAACAUCACAAAGGGGCCUAGACCUAACUUAGGUAGCACCAUUCAAUCUUAAAUGAACACAACUGUCAGUGCAUCUGCUUCAUAACCACUUAUUAAUUCAAAAUGUCAAGGCACGACAGACACACUGAGAAUAUAUACCUAUUGCACUUAAAAUGCCAUUUUCUAGCCAACGUUGGGCCUCCCUCCUAUAUAAGGAGGAAGCCUGGAUGCCAGCUAUAGUAGUAAACUGGCCAGUGGUUUUACAUAAUACAUCAAGGCGGCCCAACCCUACAAAGGGAAGAAUAGCUGCAUUGGUUCCGUGUCAGAAAUCAAGGAUAGUUAAAGCACCCCCGUCUUUGGCCGGGUCGCGUGGGCUAGAUUCACCAGCCAGCAUACACAGGAAAACCACAUUGCCUCUUAAAAUGGUGCACUGGUAAAUAAACUGCACUUUCCAUCACCCUUUGCUACGUGUGCAAUUCAGUUUGCUCGUCUGUACAUUGCUGACCCUUAACUUCUGACCUUCCUACGCUCUCCGAGGAGGAAGAGCUUGUGUCUUUAAACAGUUAACCCGAGAAUGUCCUUCGGAUUCGAACGCAGCUUGAAAAAGAGAACUAAAUUAAAAGGUGUAAGAGAACGACAUUUUGUAAUGAAAUAAAAGCCUGCUGCAGAAUUUCCUUUUGCAUUUUUUUUUUAACUCCUUGACCAAAAAACAACAACACUUGCAUGCGUAUUUCAUCCCAGGAUGGCCUUGACAAAAAGCAAAGCCACCCAGGUUACUGUGUGGUCCUAUGGCAACCAUUCGAACUUCACUUUCUAUAUGGCAAGUGCUGUUUUAGAAUUGACAAUUUUAAGAAACAUUCUCUCAGAAGGAUGGAUAUUUGUCAAUUGCCAUCCUCCAAAAUGUUUAAGUAAAAAAGCUCAAUCAAAAACUAAAUUCACCCACCAGGCAGCUAGAAGUUGCUUCACUAGGUGCCACAAUGCCAAGUCAAUUUGUUAGUGGGGAACUGAACUUUGAGCAUCGACUUGCUCAAAUAGCUUGUAUGUAUGAACAUACCAUUUAAAUAUUCAAUUUUUUAAAAUCGUACAACUGGAAUGGCUCGUUUAGUGAAGACUACCAUAUUCCUCUCCAGGAUAGAGUGAGCGAAAAAUAUUUUGAACUCUUUUUUUUCCUUGAAGUGCACUUUCGUCACACAAGGGUUUGAAAACCUAUAGCGGAAUUCUCAUAGGAUGGCUGCAACAUGCGGUCGAAGCUAGUUUGAGCCAUCAAAUUACCCUGUGACAAAUUUGAAGCUCAAAUGGACAAA